UACGUACCGGUACUUAAUUAAUGUAGUAAAUUAAAUUCCUUGCAAAUUUUGGAAUGUAAUAAAUAUAGAUAACGGAUGUGUAAGUAUAUAGAGGCAUUAAGAGUAAUUGUUCCAAUAUAACCUCAAAACCCAAUACUUCGUGGAUUAAGUGAACACAGGGACGAGACCAUGGACAGUGAAGAACAUUGUAAUAUUCAUAACUUUGACAAACAACUGAUUCUAGUUGAAUACCCAGGAGUUGUUGAAAAUGAGGAUAGAGCCAUUAGAACUCUGGGAGGACUGCAUAAUAUUUCAACGACAUACUCUUUAAGAAACAGAAGAUUAGAACUCCGUUUUCGGCCUGAUGAUGCUUUCAGCAAACCUGCAUGUGGUGAUCGACAUAAGACAUUAUCACUCCUCCUGAAAGUGACAGUACAUCGGAAGAAAAAUAAAAAUGGCCAGAUUAUAAGUGAAUCUUCAGUAGAUGACUCUGACAGCUCCUCUAGCACAUAUUCUGAGGGCUAUUCAGGAAAUACGACUUGCAGCAUAGCUGUCUUGGGCAGAGUAGAAACUGCUUAUCGAUUUAGAAAUCUGUGCGACUUCCAGUACCUUCCCAUGAAUCCUGAAUUUGGUAACCAUGGGCCCAAUGUGUGCAAAUACAGUAACCUGGUUCCAAUUGGACUUCCUACUUCUUCGUGGCUGACUGGAGAUGCACCGUAUUUCCUGCCACCAGCUACUUUCUCACGUAUGGAUACAAUGCAGCAAUAUCUGUACCGGAAGGAAACGGGAGUUGAUAGCACUACACCUCCAAACAUAAUUGGCAGAACAAGACACCGCAGAUCUGGUCACGCAAUCUUUGUGACAUUUGACAUUCCAGAUAUUCCCAAGAAACCACGGACCAUUGCAAUGAAACUGUUACGUCUAAAAUUUCUUCAGGGAGUACAUCUUGAGACAGUCAAAAAGAUCUUUGAAGAACGUCCUGUUUGGUCCAAAAAUGCGCUUAUGUAUUUGACCAAAUAUUCCAGUGCCCAGCUAAAAUAUCUAUUACCUGCAGUUGCAUAUUACUUUGUAACUGGUCCAUGGAGAGUCAUGUGGGUUCGCUUUGGAUAUGAUCCACGACUAGAUGCUACGUCUCUCAAGUAUCAGACAUUGGACUACAGACUUCGAACAGUUGGUGGAUUAAAGAUGAAAGUGAAGGCCAAGAGAAGUUACUGCAACUAUCUCCUGCCUUAUAAAUCGAGUCCAUCGUGCCGUCCUAAGACGGCUGUUAUCACAAAGGAAAACUUGCAGCCUGAGAAAAUGGAAGAAAAACAAAGUGAAGAUAACACAAAUAAUGAAAACAUCUACGUAUUCCAUCCUGGAAUGUUGCCUCCUUCCAGGCAGAUGUUUUAUCAGUAUUGUGAUAUAGAUGUGCCUGAAAUUCAAGAGAUGUUGGAAAAGUUACCAGCCCCAGCACCAGGUGCUAAAUGCCAUGACCGCUUGGGGUGGAUGCCAAGUGGCAUGGAUGACAGAUGCCGAGAAAUCAUCAACAAGCUUAUCACAGAAGUUCUGAAGCGGGAUAAUGUGCUCAUACCACCCAGUGAAAUUGACAAACAAAAUAGAGAUCAAGAAAAGGACAGUGACAAGGACUGUGAUUAUGAAGAUGAUGAUGAUGAUGGUGGUGAUGAGAGCACUUGAUGAUCCACUGAUUUAUAUCAAAAGGGUGAAAGCUGGAUGAGGCAAAUAAGUAUGAGAUAUGAAGACAAUGAAGGACACAAUAAAUACAUACUACAUACAGUGA